AUGUUUCAUCAACCAUUCUAUCCUCAUCAACCACGACCUCACCAGCCACCACCUCAUGCUCAUCCACAAACAUUUUUCACAACUAAUCGUGCUUCGUCGAACUUCUUCAUUCCAAACCAUCCGUUCUACUAUCGUCCCAAUGCUCCUGCGCCUAAUCAAAGUACACACAACUUAAACUGUACUCACGAAUUCGAUCAAAAUGGCAUUCAUCACGGAUUUACGUCGAUGCCGUCAGGCACUUAUCCAUCUUAUGAUUAUGGUAAUCAGAAUUUGGAGCAACAACGUUGGAGACAGAACAUGGCUCGAGCUCAGCAACAACAACAACAACAACAACAGCAGCAGCAACAACAACAGAACCGACGACAAACACCGGCGUUCCAUUUUCAAGACAAGUCGACGUCUUAUUUUAUGACUGAUCCCAUCAUUACCAACGAUGAUCGAUUGACCAUUCAACUGACCAAAGUUCAUAUUGGACCCAAUGGUGAUCAACAACGUGUCUUUGUUGAACAAGAAUUCAGUAACGAAAAUGAAUUGAAUAAAUUUGUUCGAAAUCUUCGACAAAAUUUCGAAAAAACAUUUAAUAACCGUUCAUCUGGAGGUAGCAGUAAUAUAACUGAAAGUAACAGUUCAGAUAGCAAGAAAUCUGGUGUGGUUGUUGUUGAAGAGCCCGAUGAAGAACCGAAAAUUUAUCAACAACAAGCUUACAAUGCAAAUAUCGAAUCGAGAAAAGCUGCCACCUCAUCCGUGGGUAGUCCAUUAACAUCACCGGAGCUGAAUUCUCCAUCUUCGACUAAGUUUCACGAUCGAUCUCCGUCACCCUCAGACGAACGCCAUCAUUAUUAUUAUCACCACCAUCAACAUCAUCACAAGUAUAUUUCUCCACCACCAUCACAUAUAUCGUCUGUAUCAACUUCACGCUCGAAUCGACGUCAUCGGAAUAAAAUGAAGUAUCGUCGUCAGCCAGCGGAUGCUCGAGACGAACCUAAACCAUCCAGAAUAUUCGAUAUACCAAAUUUUACUCGUCACUAUCCACCAACAGUAACACCGCCUCUAUCUCGAUUUCAUCAGAGAUUUUCCACUGAACACGACCUUCGCAUGAAAAAUGAAUUUAGUUUUCCAUCAUCACAACCACCACCACCAGCAGCAUCAACUAACGCAAAUGUUCAUUGGAGACACAAUCAAAAUGCUUUUCCAAAACAUCGUUCACGUUCAUAUGUACCACCAAUGAAUGAGAAUUACCCUCCUCCGUGUGGAACACCUCUACGUUUUCAAAAUACAGCAGAUCCAUUCUUUCGACCAAUUAAUCCAGCUAGAUUUGCUGAAACACGUCAGAAAGAUAUGCAACAACAACCACCACCACCACCACCACCAUCAGCGUCACCUACAAGAUUCCGUCGAUCUCAACGUCGCAAAGCCAAUCAGCCAACAACGAUUUCAGAAAAUCAUGUCUAUCCAAACAAUGUUCAACAACAGCAACCACGCGUUCAUCGAACAAAGUCUGAAUCUCGCAAUCUUCAUCAUAAUCAACAACGAAGUCGAAGUUCGACGAAUCAAUUUCAAUUCUUUUCACCGAUUCAACCACCACCAGUGGUUCAAAGACAUUUUAUCGCAUUUCGUUCGCCACCUGUCUUUCUAACAUCCGUACGUUCAGUAGCACCGAUGUUUUAUCCUACUCAAAGAAGACAAUUUGACAGUAUGCAACCACAAUUUCGUUUAAUCAAUCAUUUUCGUCUGGGUACAAAUCGUUUUUAG